CUUCUCCUUCUUAGCUGGGAGCCUGGGAUGGCGGCGCCGCUGCUCUUCUACGACCUCGGCCUCAUCGCGUCCUCAUCCUCCGGUGAUGGACGCGAUGGCAACUCCUCCUCCUCCCGCCUCCAACUCUUAGCCACCACGGCGCGCGCUCUCGAGCUUGGCUACGCCGGCGUCGCUCUCGACCACCACCACCGCGGCCUCCUCGCCGACUCCCACGUCUGCCGCACCGACACUUUCGCGCCCCUCUCCUCUCUCCCGCUCCCAUCCUCUGCCGCUCUCCAUCGUCGCCGCCUCGCCUCUCCCGCCUCCGAGGCCUUCCGCCAGUACACCCGCAUCACCCUCUCCCUCGACUCCGCUGCAGCCACCGCUUCGGCGCUCGCCCCCUCCGCCGCCCGCCUCCUCCGCACUUACGACCUCGUCGCAGCCCGCCCCCUCACCCAGGCCGCAUUCGAUCACCUCUGUCAGACACCCCUCUCAGCCCAACACCUUGACCUCAUUUCCAUCGAUUUCUCCUCCCACGGUAAGAUGCCCUUCCGCAUCAAGCCACCCAUGCUCAAGCUCGCCCUGCAAAAGGGGCUGCAUUUCGAGAUCGCCUACUCCCCACUCCUUUCUACUGACGUCAAUGACAAGAGGAAUCUCAUUGCUCAAGUCAAGCUAUUGGUGGACUGGACCAAAGGAAAAAAUCUCAUCAUCUCAAGCGCUGCUCAUACUGCUUCCCAGAUCAGAGGGCCCUAUGAUGUCAUCAACCUAUCUGCUUACUUACUUGGCAUUCCCAUUGACCGAGCAAAAGCUGCUAUGUCCACGAGCUGCAGGUCACUUGUUUUGAAGGCUAUGAGGAAGAAACACUUUUACAAAGAAACAAUUAGAGUUGACAGGUUAUUACCAAAUGAAGAGUUGAGUUCAACAAAAUUCAAGCUUGCUGAUUGGAUCGGUUGGAAUUCUGUAUCAUCUGAAGGAGUAGCAAAUCAGCUGGAACCUUCUUCUAACUUUGAUGAGGUUCCUGGUUCACCCGUAUGUGGUAUAAUGGAAGGGUCACACGAAAAAACUCAUAGUCCUGAUCUGUCUGUCGUUUCCAAACUGCCAGAACAACCUAGUCAUCAAGAACAAUUCCCAUCCCAGACCCAAGAAGAUACACUACAAGUUGACAGAACUGUAGUUGUGACAGACUCUGGGCAAUCAUCUAUCUUCCCAGCAUCUUUCAAUUAUCAGAAUGCUAUACUUGAGAAGGCUGAAAACAAUGAAGUUUUUGUGAAUCCUUUUGUGCAGCCUGGUGCAGGUUGUUCUGCUGACCCAGAAAUUAUCGUCAAGCAUGUUGAAUUCGUGCAGGACACAAUGGAAGUAGAUACAAUAGAAUCAUGCAGGACAAAACUCAUGGGUGACAAUAUUGCUUCGACCUCUGAUACUAGUACUAAGCUAGCAUGUUCUUCUCUUCUCCAUGGCAGAGAGCUUUCUGGUACUAGUCUUGAGGAUCAGGGGCCAGGUCACUCUAGUGAAAGCCUAGCUAAUGAGAAGUAUGAUAUGAAAUAUCACACUGAUUGCACCUACGGUGUGAACGAUAAGACCCUAUUGGUUCAAGAAAUUCUUUCUGGUGCCGAUAUUUGGCCUGAGGACAAGGAUUCAGAUGGGUCUGCUGGAAUGCAAGUUGAUAAUGAGGCUUCCAGAGGUACUUCAGAAUCACUGGAGUGUCCCCCAUGUGGGGUAGAUGACAAGGCACCAUCUGAUCUUUCAUUUUACUCGAGUCAUAAAUUAUGCACGGAUGUUGCAAUUCUGCCCAAAGUAGUGGAGGGAAAAGUAGAGCAAAGUAGGGAUGAAAACAUAGUACAAACUGUGGAAAAUGAAGCAGAAUCUGUUGACACAAAAACAAGAACAUCUAUUUCAGUGGAACCUAUGUCCCAUGGUCAGGAGAUCAGCUCAACUAUUCAUACAAGAAACACUGGUGCAAGCUGUGAAAGUGAUGAGCUGAAAGAACAGAAUUCUAAGAACACAGAUGCUUCUUUGGAUAAAAGUGUUGCUAAAAUGCAUGAACUACUAAAAUUUCCUUAUCCAAGUGGUAAGGUUGAGAUGUCCACAAUCAGACCAGAAAAGCGGAGACAUAAACUAAGGCUGCACCAUCCAGCUUAUCUUCCUUUCUUAGGCUUCCUUUGGUCCGCUUGUUUCAAGAAGAAAAUAUGCAAAGUUGCACGUAAAAGGAAGUCGUAAGAGUUGUGGUGUACAGAGGCAAUUUGGCCUCCUGCCAGAGGACAAUAGAUCUAUGGUGCCCUUUGACUUUAUCUUGUCGGUUCGCUAAGGCCACUCCAAGUCGUCAGGGUGAUACGCAUUUCCUGAGUGGGCUACUGUAGGGAUUCACGUGAAGCUGUGGCCACAAAUAGGAGCAGGGAGUGCUGCGGUUGAUGUAAGGACACUCCCAACCAGUUGCCAACUGAAAACAGCGUCCUGGGUCAAUAGCAGGAAACUUGUGCCCAAUAGUUGCUUGAAACGAAACUUGUGCCCAAUAGUUGCUUGAAACAAAACUGAUUCUUGAGGGGACUCAGCCUCGCUGUCGACUGCAUUAUUCAAAGGCGGUAUGAUAUCAUUUCUUCCUCCCCCCACCAAAAAUCUUGGGAGAUGUCACUUGUGAUUUUGGAAGCUCAUCAUAUGAGCUAGUGCGCUGGACUGGCAGCUUUUUUGCAAGGGAUGCUUUUUUUGUGUUUACUUGCGACCGUCAUAGGGUGGGUGACAUGAUCUUUUUGUUUCUCCAAAUCUGGAUGUAAAUUCUAACUGACUGCAUGUGUCCAUCCAUGCAUCACAUUACUCUGAGUAGGGAAUGGAGAGGAAUGCUAGAAUAUUUUUGCAUGUU